AUGCAAAUCCGGCGAAAGCAAUACAAAAAUUUGAAAGAAGGAUUGGUGUUUGAAUCGUUUUGUAUUGAAAUUGUAAUUGGAAUUGUUGCCCCGAACAACAGAAUGACAGACAAAACAAUAUUUAUUGACCACGAGUUGAAUUACAUUGAACUCGUGGACAAGGUCUGUAGAGCUGCUGGUUUUGAUAAGGGAAGGGUGACAGUCAGUUUUGUUCUUGUGUGGACUGAUAGUUCUGGUAGAAGGGGGUAUAUGCAUAUUCAUGACGACAAGGGUAUACCAUUGGUAUACCUAGUGUCACAGAAUUGGCCUGAAUUGUACGUUUGUUUUGCGCCAAUUGGUGGGGUUGAUUCAUCUGAGCAAGCUACUGGUGCAGGUGAAUCCUCUGAUGAAGAAGAUGGCAAUGACACUAGUGCAUUUGUUAAUCCCGGAUGGAAGGCUUAUGAGGCUUGCGAAGUUGAGACCCCUUUGUCAGAGAGUUGGCCACACACUGAACACGACAAAGUGCGUAAAGGCGUGGGAAAGCUGGCCAGUAAAAACCCAGUAGCUGCAGAGUGGCUUGAUAGCAUCGGAGCGAAUAAGUGGACCCUACUUGGAGAUGGUGACAAUCGUUGGGGUGUAAUGACCACCAAUACCACAGAGAGUUACAACAAUGCCUUGAAAGGUGCACGCCUCUUACCAAUCAUAGCUCUGAUUAAAUCCUUCUUGUUGAAGACAGUUAAGCUGUUUAAUGACAAUUAUGAAAAAAUUGAGAAAUGUCAGACUGUCCUCACCCCACACUACAUGGCUAAGUAUAACAAAUGGAGGUUACAUGGUGGAGAUGUCCUAAAGUUGUCAAGAAUAUCACGGGGAAUAAUCUGCUUGCCUAUAGAUGACGAGUACUUUCCAUGGUACCAGCUCAAGACUGUAACAUUUGUUAUGGGCCCUAGAAAGAGGCAUAAAGAGGGUUUCCAGGGAGCGGCAGAGGCGUAUCACGUUAUGGCCAAUUUAGCCGCCGAUAUUAAGAGGAUGAGUCUCCUUGGCAUGGGUGAUUGCACCGACCCUAAGUCUUCUGCUUAUAUAACAUUUAACCAGAUCGGAAAAACUGCUAAUCGAGCCUUGUCAUUGCAGAGGACCCAGUGUUGGGAUCAACUUUCUCAGGAGGCGUUUCAAUUCCAGAGCCACCUGUUUUUGGGUUCUGGGUUUGAUAUUGCUGCAGGGUAG